AUGAGCGGUGUAUAUGGUCGCCGCCUUGUGAACCGCCGUCAAGAAUCCAAGAGUCCCGCCACGCCCACCGAGAAAGUCGCGCUUGCCUCGACCGCGCCCCCAGCCGCCCCUCCCUCGCCCAACCUCACCAUGGCCUUUGGUUGGCGCAGAAGGCAGCCGCAGCCGUCCGAGCCCGACGCUGCCGUCGAGAAGGCCGAGGUGCAGCGUGUGAGAAAGCGCGACCUCCUGCGCCAGCUCUUCUCGGGCGCCUACGCCGACAAGAAGCAGGAGCGCGCUGCCAGCAUCCCGAGCGUCGUCGAGCCAGAGGUACCCAUGCCCCGCCCACGUUUGCAUUGCCUCGUUGCUGACAUGGCCACGCUGCUCCAGCGCAAGAGCCUCCUCGAGCCCUUGCGAGAGCUGAAGAAGCACUAUCGCUCGCGCUCGUCCUUUGCGAAGACCGCCGACGAUGACAGGUCCGCCGUUGCUGCCUCCACCUCCGACGUCCCGGCCACGCAGCCCGCCCAGACCGACGACGCCGACGACGCGAGAUCAGAGGUCCUGGACGACGUUUCCACCCCCGAUCCGAGCGGCUUGACUGAAGACGACAUUCCGAAUCUGUUCGCUGGCGCCCCUCUCUUUUCCGUGGACAAGGUCAAGGGCCGCCGCAUCCCGAGAGUUGACUUUCCUUACGACGACACCCUCAUUGUGCGAGAUGUCAGCGACAGUCUGCAGCUUUCCCACGAAGCCUUCUCCUCCGCCACUCUCCGGCCCCACCUCUGCCAGGUUGGACACCAGGACGAGAAGAAAGGGCUGCCCAUGGGCUACGACAUCAAUGUGGUGGAAACCCCGAGCAUGUUGGGCGCGCAGGGACUGGAGCCUGGUACCGUUGGUUUCGACCAUUUCUUGGAGAUUCCGAGAUCCGACCACCUGCGCAUCGGCGACAACGAUGACGAAGCGAUCGUGAACCGCGAACUGUUGGAGGAGGCGCCGGAGAAAUUGGGAAUCAAAUGGCUGGACCAGCGGUUGAUAUACGAGCGGCUCAUGGAACUCAGUCAGGUCCACCAGGCUUUCAAGGAGAGCGCCGGCAAGACCACUAUUUUGCACUCGCAGGCCCCUGGAGAAAUGUACGCCCACCUGUUCGGCAAGUUCCUCAUGCCGCCGCGCUACGAUGGAUCGACAGGCGACCCGACUGGUUUGAAAGUGCAGAUCGAGACUUUGAUCAGGGUCCUAAGGUUGAAGGGAAUUUGGAAUGAUUUCAGUCUUGUGGAAUGGCGGAUACGUUUUGGCCGGAUCUUGUGGGACACUGCCUCUUCGGAUCCUGAAGACUCGGAGGAGUAUGCCGGGCCGAGCGAAAGGGACGUGCUGCUGCUCCAGAUUCUGCUGGCUUCGGAGCUCCUCCUUCGCUUGGACGCAAUAUCUGGACUCACGGUGAAGGAAGUUACCGAGCAGCUGCAUUUGACUGAGGCCGAGGUUCGCAACUUUGCGACCAUAAAGUCCCGCAAAACUGACUGGGACUUGGUACUGGCAAGACGGUUUUUGGAGAACAUCGAGAUCAGCGAGGAAACACCGGCCCCUCUUACCCCGAAGAGAAAAGGUUUCCUUGCCGCCCUCAAUGUCACGCGGUCCACGGAGGAGGAAGACGAGCCGCAGGAAACUGAAUUCUGGCUGAGACCCCGCUACCGAGACCGCCAGCUUUCCGGUCUCCUUCAUUUUGCAGAAGCCAUCGCAUGGCCUCGAUUCAAGGAAAUUUCUAUUAAUCUGACAGCUAAGCUCCAGGAUAGCGGGACGCCUCCCUCACCGAGUGCAUACGCUACGCCGCUUGCCUCACCCCUCGCCACUCCGCGCGUAUUAAAGGAUCCCAGUGGAUACUUUGACGAAGAAUUCCGUCGUCCCCGUCCGAGCCGUAUGAGCACCUCACGAUCCAUCCAGCUCCACCCGUCGGUCACCUCGACGCCUGCCACGCCUCAACGGCCUUCUUUGCUUAGGAGAGACAGCUCGCAGCCCACGUCGGCCUCGAGUAAUGGACCAACUGACAUUGGCGGCUGGCUGAGCCGCACCUAUCUCACCGGACUGGUCCUCCCUGGUGAGGCAAUCUCCCAUUUCCUUAUUUCGACAUUGCUGGAGAACGACAAAACGGCUGUAACCACGCUCGGGGAUUCGGCCAAUUUGUACGGUGGGUUCAUCUACGCUGAACGCAGCUGGUGGAGCAAGACUUGUAUCGUCGGAAGGGUCCUCGCCACCAUGGAAGGCUCGAAAGAGUGCAUGGGCUGGAUCAGCGUGCCUUACGUUCCGUUGGGUUUCCGGGACUCCUGGAUCGAUAUCGUCAAUGGAACCGCGCCGCCGAGCCCGGGUAAAAAGACGAAAUCAAGGAUCGAUUGCGGAGAAAAGAUGGAGCUUGACUCGAGCUACUUGGCGGGAAAACUCGACAGCGAGGUUACGGGAGAGGACUUCACUCUGCCGAAGGACUCGAUCGAAACGCCGGCGAAGCUGGUGCGGUUCAACAGCCUGCAGCUACUCCCGGAACCCGUGGUGGAAAUCCAGGACCCGGUUUUAGCGGCGGAUGCGGAACCCCAACUCAGCUACGCGGCUCAGAUGGCGUUUGAUCUGCUGGAAACAAGCGUCACACUCUCGUUGACUUACGACAUUCAGUUUAUCACGGCCUGGCCGUGCACACCGCCAUCUUCCGCAACGAACAAGAAGCUGCGCCGCCUCAACAGGAACUCCACCGGUGGCAGAUGCGGCCCAGUUUCCGCGCACCCGCUGCACGUCGCGCAUAAGUACCGCGUCAUCUCACCGGUGCAACUGCUUGCGGGCUCACCGCAUCUCACGCCCGCGUCGUCGACGAUCUCCCUUCUGGACGAGACGGCGGCUAGCGGCGAGGUCCUCGUGAUCGAUGCCCGCCCACCGCGUAACUCGGCUGAUUCGGGACCGGGUCUCAAGCCGCCCACGGACAGCACGGCCACUCCCGCUGGUCCCUCUGGUGGGGCUGACGCGGCGCUCCUGGCUCGUGCGUGGUGUGCGGACCGCGGCGAGCACGCGCUUGUCGGGCGUGUGGGCCGGACCUGCCUGGCCUGCUGCGUGAGAGAGGCGCGCGCCCUCGGCGUCCGCAUCGUCAUCCGCGUCUGA